AUGCGUUGCCUUUCAACUAUUUCUCAAACACUAGCAAGAAUUUGGCUAUUAUUUUUCUUACUCACUCCUUCUAUUCUCAUUUCUGGUUUCCGAGAUGAGACAAACAAAGUUAUAUCCAUUGGGGUGAUCAUUGAUGUUAAUUCUCGAAUUGGGAAAGAACAAGAAGUAGCCAUGGACAUUGCAGCCCAGAAAUACAACAACACUUCAAAAGACUACAAGCUGGCUCUCUAUUUUCAGAACUCCACCAAGGAUACCAUCGGAGCCGUCACACUUGCUGAAGAGAUGAUUAAGGUGCAAAAGGUGCAAGUGAUUAUAGGGAUGCACACAUGGCCAGAAGCAAGUAUAGUAGCUGAAAUAGGAAGCAAAUCUCAAGUACCUAUCAUAUCCUUUGCAGCACCUGCCAUAACGCCACCAUUGAUGAAAACUCGAUGGCCUUUUCUGGUGAGACUAGCAAACAGCGGUACAGCAUAUAUAAAAUGCAUUGCUGACAUAGUGCAGGCUUAUAGCUGGAAAAGAGUAGUAGUAAUCUACGAAGAUGACGGGUAUGGGGGAGAUUAUGGGAUGUUAGCCCUCCUAACUGAGGCCCUUCAGGAUGUGGAUUCAAUGAUUGAACACCGCUUAGUCCUUCCCCCAAUUUCAUCUAUACAUGAACCAGGAGAGCUAGUUAGUGAAGAGAUGAUUAAGUUAAAACGAACACAGUCUCGGGUGUUCAUAGUGCUGCAAUCAUCAUUAGAAAUGACAAUCCAUUUGUUCAAAGAAGCUUCAAAAGUUGGGCUGGUGGAUAAAGAAUCAGUUUGGAUAAUCCCAGAGAGCCUAACAAAUUUGAUGGACUCUAUCAAUAAAUCUGUUAUUUCCAAUAUGGAAGGAGCUUUAGGAAUUAAAACCUACUACUCAGAAAGAAGCAGGGAUUAUCAAGACUUUGAGGCUCAGUUCAGGAGAACUUUUUGGUUAAAGAAUCCAGAGGAGGAUAACCGAUACCCAGGAUUUUAUGCUCUACAAGCAUAUGAUAGCAUUAAUAUUGUAACUCAAGCAAUCAACAGAAUGGCCAGUAGAAACAAUAGCAUCCCAAAGAGUUUAAUAAGAGAAAUACAGUCUAGCAAUUUCGUUGGUUUGAGUGGACAUAUUCAACUUGAAGCUGGACAACUCAUGCAGAAGAAUCUUGUCUUACGAAUUGUAAAUGUGGCUGGGAAGAGUUACAAGGAAUUAUGCUUUUGGACUCAACAACAUGGCUUUACUACAGUCCUCCAUACAGGACAAGGUGGAAAUAAGGUUGCUGGAAUUACAGAAUGUUUCAGGGGUGUACGCUGGCCUGGGAAUUUGGACCGUGAUCCAAAGGGCUGGAACAUGCCUACCAAACAAUAUCCGUUGAAAAUUGCAGUCAGAAGCAGAACCUCGUUUUACAAGUUUGUCAAGGUUGAGUAUAGCCAGAAUGGAAAAGAUGAUAAAUAUAGUGGAUUUUGCAUUGACAUUUUUGAGCAAGUACAGAAACUUCUGGGGUACGAUCUUCCAUAUAAAUAUCAUGCCAUCAAUGGAACCUAUAACGAUUUGGUUCAGCUUGUCUAUAACAAGACUUAUGAUGCUGUUAUUGGAGAUAUGACCAUAAUAGAGGAAAGAUUGCAGUAUGUGGAUUUUACAGUGGCAUAUGCAGAAUCAGGAUUAUCAAUGAUAGUUCCAAUGAAGUCUGGAGAAUCAGCAUGGAUGUUUAUGAAACCAUUUACCUGGGAAUUGUGGUUGGUUUCAGGUGCAAUCUUGAUUUACACAAUGUUAGUUGUUUGGUAUCUCGAGAGAGAACCCAAUCCAGAGUUUCAUGGAAACUGGAAGCUCCAGCUCAGCACAGCUUUUUGGUUUACUUUCUCCUCUUUGUUCUUUGCUCAUAGGGAAAAAAUGCACAGCAACUUAACUCGAGCGGUGAUGAUCUCAUGGCUUAUUCUCGUAUUGAUUCUCACCUCAUGCUACACAGCUAGUCUUUCUUCAAUGCUCACAGUUAAGCAGUUGCGACCAAAUGUCACAGACAUUCAGUGGCUGAAGAACAAUAACAAGAAAGUUGGUUGUGACGGAGACUCCUUUGUUAGGACAUUCCUAGAAAAAGUUGAAAAGUUCAAGCCAGAGAAUAUCAUAAACAUUACCAAUGAAUACAAGUAUGAUGAAGCAUUCGCUAACAACAGCAUAGCAGCUGCUUUUCUUGAGCUCCCAUAUGCAAAAGUAUUCAUCAGUGAAUACUGCAAGAGAUACACUGGCUUCACCCCUAGAAAUAGAUUUGGAGGAUUGGGCUUUAUGUUCCAGAAAGGCUCUCCUCUAACCAGAGAUUUUUCUAAAGCUAUAUUACAUCUCUCAGAAAAAGCAGAAUUGAAGAGAUUGGAAGAACAGUGGUUAAUUACCUCACAGAGUUGCUCCAACGUGACGUCCUCCAAUGAUACGGAUAGUUUGAAUCUUGGAAGCUUAUGGGUUCUAUAUGUCAUCUCUGGCGCCACUUCUACUAUUUGUGUGCUAAUAUCAGCCAUCAGGUGUCUAAUAUCCAGGGAGACACAUGAAGACGUUCCAAAUGAUGAAAAGGUGUGGAAAGCGGUUAUUACAUUUGCAAAGCUGAUUCAUGGCAAAAAGCUUGAUGCUUCAAACAAGGAAAUGGCUUCUCAACCAAAACAUGUACAUAUAACAACACAUGACACAGGAACCAUGGAACCGUAUACACCUCAAAAUAAUUGUCUUAUCAGACACUCUAAAAACACAUCUUAG